UUGGAAUUUCAAUCUCCUCUUUUUAAUCACAUGUUCCUGUACUUUUUAAAUCUUGGCACUCGCUCCCACUUCCCAGGAUCUUGAUUAAUUUCCUCUUCUCUUUCUUCUCUACUCUUUAGCCUUGGAUCCACAUUCCUACAGUGAUCUCAACAUACUUGAGACGCCAGUUUUAUAUUUCUGUGUAUCCAAAAAACAAGGAAAAGGUAUAGCUAGCUAGCUAGCUAGCUAGCUCUAAAACAUGGGUUUCUGGACAUUGUUUGAGGUGGCUUCCAUGCCAAUUUUACAAGUGCUUAUAAUAAGUUUGCUGGGCGCUUUCAUGGCAACUGAUUACUGCAAACUUCUCCCAGUAGACAUCCGGAGAUCCUUGAAUAGGAUCGUGUUCGUUGUGUUUACCCCCUCGCUCAUGUUUGCAAGUCUUGCCAAGACUGUCACGCUCCAAGACAUCAUUUCAUGGUGGUUUAUGCCCGUAAACAUCGGGCUCACCUUUCUAGUGGGAAUAAUUCUUGGGUGGAUCGUGGUUAAGAUACUGAAACCAAAACCCUAUUUGGAGGGUCUUAUCAUUGCUACAUGUUCAUCCGGGAACUUGGGAAAUCUUCUCCUUAUAGUUGUCCCUGCUAUCUGUAAUGAGGAUGGAAGCCCAUUUGGGGAUACUAAUGUUUGCACCAGAAUUGGACUUUCAUAUGCAUCUUUCUCCAUGGCGCUUGGUGGUUUCUACAUUUGGACUAUCACUUUCCACAUGAUAAGAGCUUCAUCUUUGAAAUUGAGAGAUGAUGAAGCAGCUGAGGAUUUCAGUUCAAAACAACCCAACGAGAACUUGGAUGCUACACCCCAAAGUCAGCUUCUGAAAGGAGAAAGUGAAGAGCAAGUAGCCAUAGUGGUGAAGGCACCCCAAGACACUAGCCCAAAGGCAAAAGGGAAUGCACCGUUGUGGCGUCAAGUAGUGGGAUUUCUUCAUCAGAUUUUGGAAGAGCUCAUGGCACCGCCAACACUUGGUGCAAUUUUCGGUUUCACCUUCGGAGCGAUCGACUGGCUGAGAAACCUUGUAAUUGGUGCGGGGGCUCCACUACGGGUAGUCCAAGACUCGAUUAAACUGUUAGGGGAUGCAACGAUCCCCUGUAUCACCCUCAUACUAGGAGCCAACUUGACUCAAGGCUUGCGUUCGUCAACAAUUAAGCCGAUGGUUAUCGUGGGAGUGGUGUGUGUUCGGUACAUUAUACUACCGGUUGUUGGUAUUUUUGUUGUUAAAGCAGCUGGGGACCUUGGGUUCCUACCGCCCGACCCUUUGUUCCGCUACGUGCUCAUGGUUCAGUUUACUCUGCCACCUGCCAUGAAUAUUGGUACCAUGGCCCAGCUGUUUGAUGUGGGUCAAGACGAGUGCUCGGUCCUCUUCCUGUGGACAUACUUGGCUGCUGCUUUAGCUCUCACGUCUUGGUCAACAGUCUUCAUGUGGAUCUUGACCUGAUGAAGAUACUACUCCGCUCUUUCCCGUUGCUCAAAAAACCCAUCUAUUCAUAUCAAAUAGUUGAACUCGGGAAUCAAUUUUUUGUACCCUCUUAUUCUUUUAUAUAACACAUACGUGCUAGUGAAGUGAGAGAUGAGCGAUUAGACAAGAAUUAGGAACAUCUUUUGUCAAGUAAAGAAAGAAGCCUUGUUUAUGUUGUGUUUCUGGGUUCUGGCCCUGCAGGAGGAGCAAGUACAUUUCGCAUGGAAUUUGAAUGUAAAAUUAAUGUAAUAGCUACAGUUGUGUGGUAUUCAUUUCAAUGUCAUCCUAGUUGGAUUCUUUCA